AUGAGGUUCCUUAAUAAUCCUAAGUUCCAGAAAGUUUCAGGCACCCAACACUUUCUGUUCUUCAACACAGGCGGCUGGUCUCUCGUUUUCAUCGCAGACACUUCUACUGCAAAGGUGGUCAAUGUACCGAAAACCCGAAGGACUUUCUGUAAGAAAUGUGGCAAGCACCAGCCUCACAAAGUGACCCAGUAUAAGAAUGGCAAGGAUUCCCUGUAUGCCCCAGGAAAGCAGCACUAUGAUCGAAAGCAGAGUGGUUACGGUGGGCAGACAAAGCCAAUUUUUCGAAAGAAGGCCAAAACCACAAAGAAGAUUGUGCUCGGGCUCGAGUGUGUUGACCCCAACUGCAGAUCCAAGAGGAUGCUGGCCAUUAAGAGAUGCAAGCAUUUUGAACUGGGAGGCGACAAGAAGAGAAAGGGCCAAGUGAUCCAGUUCUAAA